AUGCACAACCACGGCCACCAAAGCUACGGCAGCUCCUCCUACUCGACCAGCUCCCACCCUUCCUUCAGAGACUCGGAUUCCACCCAGGGGACCUCGCAGUCCACGCUCUUUCCCCCGCCGACACCAACACCCUCCCUCACACCUACACCUAGCAAUGGUGGGCCAGUCGAGGCUGCCAACAACGUCAUCAACAAGAGGGCCGACAAAGAGACUUCGCUGUUCCAGAUAUGUCUGAACUUGCGGCAGCGCCUGCGAGGGGUGCCCGACUUCGAGCAGUCGAUGCUCGAGGAAGAGAUGAUCGCCGACGAAGGCGUCGAUCCGGUGACUUUGCUGUGGCGGACGUUCAGACAAGGCUUUCCGCUGCUCAAGAUAUACAACGCGCUCAAUCCACGCAUACCACUGGCCGUCGACCCAAAGGUCCCUGAGAAGAAACGAGGGCAAACCGCAACUUACAAGUUCAUCCAAGGAUGCUUGACCGAGCUGAGAUUCCCUUCGGACGAGUGCUUCAUUCUUACUGAUCUUUAUGGUGACGAUACCACUGGCUUUGUCAAGGUAGCGAAAGUCGUCAACAGGGUCCUCGACAUACUUGUUCAGGCAGGUUUGUUGAGCGCGCAAGUCGAGAAUCAAGACGCGUCGCUUGAGAAUGGCAUUGGCGGUGGCAAGAGAACGCAGAGGGAACACAUCAUCGAAGAACUGGUUAAGACCGAGCGGACGUACGUGCAGCACCUUGAGCUUUUGCAAGCCUUCAAAAAGCUUGUCGAAGAGAAGGGAGUUAUAACCGGCGAUGCCGUCCACGACAUAUUUCUCAAUCUUAACGCGCUCCUCGAUUUUCAGCGCCGAUUCCUCAUCCGCGUGGAGCAGAUUAAUUCAGAGCCUGAAUCGAACCAGAAUUGGGGCAAGCUGUUCAUUCUCUACCGAGAUGCGUUCAAAGUCUACGAGCCGUACAUUGCGAACCAAAAGAAAUGCGAAGAAGUAGCCAUGCGAGAGUUCGAUAAGUUGAAGGAGACAGGCGGCCCUCUUGAGCUUCGUCAAAUGGCCGAAACUCCGGCCAAUCUUAUCUCUUUCCUCCUAAAGCCGUUCCAGAGGUUGACCAAGUACCCUCUUUUGCUGAAGCAACUGCGUGACAGGGGCGGCCUUGAUGAAGAGCGAAAAGCUGAUAUAUCCACCGGAAUCGAAGCCGCCUCCGAGGUCUUGGAGCGCACGAAUGCAGCAGUCGAUCGCGAGGAGCGGCAAGCGGCCGUAGAGGAACUAGGAGGCAGGGUUGAAGACUGGAAGGGCCACAAGAUCGAGGGGUUUGGUGAUCUACUUCUUCAUGGCACCUUCACGGUUCUGAAGGGUGACACUAAGGAUCAAGAGCGUGAGUAUAGAAUCUACUUGUUCGAGAUGAUCCUCCUCUGUUGCAAGGAGAUGAAUCCGAACAAGCAGAAGAACAAGCUCAUGAACAAGCCGCUAGUCGACAAAAGAGGGAAACCGAAGCUGCAGCUGAAAGGCAGGAUCUUCAUGCAGAAUGUCACGGAUUUGAUCUCGUUUGGCAAGCCAGGCUCGUAUACCUGCCAGAUCUUCUGGAAGGGUGACCCAGGCAUAGAGAACUUCGUGAUUCGCUUCACGACGGAAGAAACUAUGAAGAAGUGGGCUCACCAGGUCGACUUGCAGCGCAGACUCUUCAAGGAUAUCGCUCGAACCAGCAACGGCACCACCAAAGCUUCGAGUACAUCGACUACCGAAUUCACGUAUAUGCGCGGACAGGAACCGAUCGAGAACCCCUACCGACAGGAAGACGAGGGCGAAGAUGACGAUGACGACACGCUUGUUGACGGAUACCCGGGCGGUGUACAUUAUGCGUCGACCCAGAAUGGCUCGAGUGCGAGUCUGCGGUCGAGAUCAGCUACGAACGACAGCGGUCCUCUUGCAAUGCCACAGAGCGACCCAAGGGCGCCACCCCCACGGUUCCCUAUGGGAUUCACCGGGCAGCCGGCCCUAACGCUCAGGACGCAGCAGCUUCAGCAGAAUGGGCACACGCCAGGGGAUGCACAGAUGGACUCGUACUUCUCACCCGGUGUCGAUUCGCCGACCUCAUCACGUACCAGCUCGUCGUCCGGCAUGUUUCCGUUCCCUCGACAGCCAGCUCCUACGAACGGCUGGCACGGCGAGGAACACGCUCGCUAUACCGCCCCCGCAAUGGCUCGCAACGUCUCGCGGGACGGCUCUACUUACCCCAUCAACGGUAGGAAUCCUAUGCAAAGGCCUGCAAUACCGGCGCCAAACAGCUUUCAGCAAAACCGUCUUCGGUCGGCCAGCAGUCCUGACAUUCAGAACUCGUUGCGACGGAUGCAGACCGGGCCACAACCUCCAGUUCCAGAUCUUCCACCGUUCCCCACUCACUAUGCCUACGCCCCCAACAUCUCCUCGAUAAACCGAAGCCAGAAUAACUCCCCAGGCAUCCCGACAUCGCUGCCGACAAGGGCUGCGACGCAGUCGCCCGCUAUACAACGGGAGCGCUUGAUGCUCCAACGCGGGGCUACGGAACAUCCCGACAUGUACCAGGUCGGCGACAGCCACCAUCCCCGUCACGGUCCCAUGCCUCGGACACUCACACCCGCCUCAUCUCUCGAACAUGCUCGAGCCAUGACGCCCGGGCCCAUCGAGCCACGAACGAUCUCCCCACCCCUGUCCAUCACGCCUCGACCGGCAGAAGAGGUACAGAUUCCCUCGCAGCUCAAAGUAAAGGUCCAUUGCCCAUCCGCCGGCAGCACGAUGACGCUCGUCGUCUCAACCAAUAUCAGCUACCAGUCUCUUAAAGACCGCAUCGACGCGAAAUUGCAGCGCAGCACGAAGGUCUCGUUGAGCUCGGGACAGGUCAAGCUGAAGUACAAUGACGAUGGCGACUUCGUUAAUAUUCAGAGUGACGAGGACGUGCAGACGGCGUUUGAGACGUGGAAGGAGCAGCAGAAAGAUCAAAUCGUUGCGGGGAGCAUGGGCGAGAUCGAGCUGUAUUGCCAGCGCUGA